AUAGAUAAGCUAGGAAAGUACAAUUUAGAUGGGGCUACUAUAAGGUGGGUGCAUAACUGGCUGGAUAACCGUACUCAGAGAGUAGUUGUUAAUGGCUCCCAAUCCUGCUGGAAAGGUAUAACAAGUGGGGUUCCGCAGGGGUCUGUUUUGGGACCGGUUCUGUUCAAUAUCUUCAUCAACGAUUUAGAUGUUGGCAUAGAAAGUACGCUUAUUAAGUUUGCGGACGAUACCAAACUGGGAGGGAUUGCAACUGCUUUGGAGGACAGGGUCAAAAUUCAAAAUGAUCUGGACAAGUUGGAGAAAUGGUCUGAGGUAAACCGGAUGAAGUUCAAUAAAGACAAAUGCAAAGUGCUCCACUUAGGAAGGAACAAUCAAUUUCACACAUACAGAAUGGGAAGAGACUGUUUAGGAAGGAGUAUGGCAGAAAGAGAUCUAGGGGUCAUAGUGGACCACAAGCUAAAUAUGAGUCAACAGUGUGAUACUGUUGCAAAAAAAGCAAACGUGAUUCUGGGAUGCAUUAACAGGUGUGCUGUAAACAAGACACGAGAAGUCAUUCUUCUGCUCUGCUCUGCACUGGUUAGGCCUCAACUGGAGUAUUGUGUCCAGUUCUGGGCAUCGCAUUUCAAGAAAGAUGUGGAGAAAUUGGAGAGGGUCCAGAGAAGAGCAACAAAAAUGAUUAAAGGUCUUGAGAACAUGACCUAUGAAGGAAGGCUGAAAGAAUUGGGUUUAUUUAGUUUGGAAAAGAGAAGACUGAGAGGGGACAUGAUAACAGUUUUCAGGUAUCUAAAAGGGUGUCAUCAGGAGGAGGGAGAAAACUUGUUCACCUUAGCCUCUAAUGAUAGAACAAGAAGCAAUGGGCUUAAACUGCAGCAAGGAAGAUUUAGAUUAGACAUUAGGAAAAAGUUCCUAACUGUCAGGGUAGUUAAACACUGGAAUAAAUUGCCUAGGGAGGUUGUGGAAUCUCCAUCUCUGGAGAUAUUUAAGAGUAGGUUAGAUAAAUGUCUAUCAGGGAUGGUCUAGACAGU